AUGGUUUCUUGGUGUCUGACACCAGCUGUCAGUUAUGGAGGAGAGUGUGUGUGCUGGCCUGAGACUAUUUUGCUGGAACCAGAGUGGCGCACUUAUUCUUCCGCUCUUCAUUCUGCGCUCAGUCUGUCAACCAGCGACAUGGACACGAGCUGCUACAGAGGAACUGGACAUCUCCCAGCAAAGGAACAGCCAAAGAACUUCAGCAUCGACUGGAUUCUCAGUUCGGCUCCACGAAAACCAGAGCUGCACGAUCAGAGCGAGUUUGCACGACCGAAAGUUUACACGCACGAUUAUUUAUUGCCGAUGAUGUCGUACCGGCCCGGAGCUGCGUACGGAGCUGCGCAUGUACCGCACAUUCACCAUCGCCAGGUUUAUACCAGCAGCAGCCUUCAACUGCAGCUCAUGCACAACGGUAAGAAACAGAAUGCUUUACCAUAUACCGCAGAGUUUGGAGGGAGGACAUGCCGCCGGAUCCGCACCGUCUUUAGUUCAGAGCAGCUGCAGAAACUGGAGGAGGUUUUCACCAAGCAGCGCUACAUGACCGGUCCGGAUAAAGUCUUACUGGCUUCAGCUCUUCAGCUCACAGAAACUCAGGUCAAAGUCUGGUUCCAAAACAGGAGGACUAGGUGGAGGAAGAGCAGAGAAGUUCAGCUCCAGAACAGGCCGAAAAUCCAGCAUGAAUCCUCGCUUACAGAAGAUGAGUUUAUUUCUGUGGACAGUGACAGUGACGGAUCAGAACCGUGA